AUGGAUCAAGAUAACCAUUUACAAUUAAUCAAAGAUAUUUAUUUUCCUGCUGAAACCAUUGGUGACAGUGGAACAAGUGAUUCGGAUAAUUUAUUUAUAAAUAAAAUAAUAUUCGAUUGGUUAAAUGAAAAGACUCAAAAAUCAAUAAAACAAUGGUUACAAACAUUAGGUGUUAUUCAACGAACUGAUUUAACUUUUUUAAAUAAAACAAUUAUUCCAAAUGCAUCAACUUAUAAUACAUCAGAAAAUGCUCUAAAAACGAUAAUAAUGUUAUUUAUGUUGUUUCAAAAGCAUGAUAUUGAAAAAAAGGAACUCAAUCAAUUAAAAAAAUUAAAAUUAUUAACAACACGUGGAACAUUAAUAGCAGCUGAACAAUGUUGUUUCUGUGAUCAAUACAAACCGCGAUUGCCGCUUGAAGAAUAUUUAAAAGCAAAAGAAGAUAAAUUUUUAUCUUUCGACUAUGUCACCAGCGAUAUUUUCAAAAAGGAAAACGAAGAUCUGACUGAACGGCGACGAUUUUUCAUUAUGAUGGGUGUUCAGGAGGAACUACAUCCGAUCGUAUUUAACAGAAAACUGACAUCUUACGAAGCAGCUGGACAUGGAUUUUGUGACUAG